GAACUUUGCAUAUAAAAGAGGCUCAAAAUCUCACACGGGUCUGUUGACCGUAUAGACAAUUAUAACACACGUUUCACGACGUGUAAUAAAAGCAAAAGGCUAUUUGGGUUUCCAAUCCCCACCAUUUUAUCCCACCACUAGUCCACUAUAUAUAUUAAACGCUGACACCACCAUCUUAUUCAACUUUCUGCAACAAAAGAAAGUUAAAAGGCCAGUAAGGACUCCCCAAGCCGCCACUAAGAAGAAUCUACCACCAAAAAUGGCCUCCUCCUCUCUAGCUUUGCCUACCCUCCAACCACAAUUUCGGUCGAGUCAAAAAUCUUUUAAGCCAUGUAACCGUCGUGUUAUUCUCCAUCCGAUCUCUGCUUCGGUUUCGGAAAAACCAAAAGUACCGGCUCCAGCACCAACGGUCGGUCAAAACGAACCCUCCAAGCUACCCAUACGUGAAAUCCCAGGAGACUAUGGUCUCCCAUUUAUCGGUCCUCUCAAGGAUCGCCUUGACUACUUCUACAAUCAAGGGAGAGAUGAAUACUUCAAAUCCCGCAGCCAAAAAUACCAGUCCACGGUUUUCAGAGCCAACAUGCCUCCUGGUCCUUUCGUUUCUCCCAACCCACGAGUCAUAGUUUUACUUGACGGGAAGAGCUUUCCGGUUCUCUUCGAUGUCUCUAAGGUCGAGAAGAAGGACCUUUUUACAGGCACUUUCAUGCCUAGCACCGAACUCACCGGCGGAUACCGAAUCCUCUCUUAUCUAGAUCCAUCGGAGCCCAAUCACAGCAAGCUCAAGCGCUUGGUGUUCUUCCUCCUCCAGUCUCGUCGUGACAAGGUGAUACCAGAGUUCAAUUCCACCUACACAGAGCUUUUUGAGACCCUUGAAACCGAGCUCGCAUCCAAAGGGAAAGCCGACUUCGGUGACGCAAACGAUCAGGCUGCCUUCAACUUUCUAGCUCGGUCUUUAUACGGGACGAACCCGAAAGAUACGAAACUGGGAUCGGACGGCCCAAAGUUGGUCCAGACAUGGGUUCUACUCCAGUUGGGUCCAAUCCUCGUUCUCGGCCUCCCGAAACUUCUAGAGGAACUUCUCAUUCACACCUUCCCUCUUCCACCAUUCCUGGUGAAAUCCGGUUACCAGAGGCUCUACGACUUCUUCUAUCAAUCUUCGGGUUUCGUUUUGGACGAAGCUGAGAGAUUGGGCGUCUCCAGAGAAGAAGCUUGCCACAACUUGCUAUUUGCCACGUGUUUCAACUCUUUUGGAGGCAUGAAGAUCUUCUUCCCAAACAUUCUGAAAUGGAUUGGGCGUGCAGGAGUCAAACUGCACGCCCAGCUGGCGGAAGAGAUCAGAUCCGUGAUCAGAUCCAACGGUGGGAAGGUGACGAUGGCGGGGCUGGAACAGAUGCCGCUGAUGAAAUCGGUUGUUUACGAAGCGUUCAGAAUGGAACCGCCAGUGCCUUUACAGUACGGCAGAGCGAAAAGGGACCUGGUGAUCGAGAGCCACGACGCCGCUUUUAAGGUGAAAGAGGGUGAGCUGAUUUUCGGGUUCCAACCCUUCGCCACCAAGGAUCCGAAAAUAUUCGACCGACCCGAAGAGUUCGUACCGGAUCGAUUCGUUGGGGAGGGUGAGAGGCUAUUGAAGCACGUGCUCUGGUCAAACGGACCCGAGACUGAGAAUCCAACGCUAGAGAACAAGCAGUGUGCAGGGAAGGAUUUCGUGGUCCUGUUUUCGAGGCUUUUCGUCGUGGAGCUCUUUCGCCGAUACGAUUCGUUUGAGAUCGAAGUGGGUUCGUCGGCGUUGGGUGCUGCUAUUACUCUAACCUCUCUCAAAAGGGCAACUUUCUGAGCCAAUUUUUUAUCUUCUUUUUUUCUUUUUCUUUUUUUUUUGUUUUUUUUAAUAUUUCGGCUGUAAAACCCUGCUGUUGCUUCUUGUUUCUCUUUCUUUUUUCCCCCUCAUGGGAAUUUGGAAGGGGAAAUUUCUGGUUAGUUCAGGAGGUAAAUAGUGAAAUUCAAAUGUUUAGGCUCAAUAGUUCAUUGGGUUAUGAUAUGUAGUGGAGGGUGGGGUUAUGGCCUUUUUCGUUUUGUUUUUUUGUUUUUGAAAUGAAUAUUCGUUGUGACA